GUCUGAAUCUCACCAAACCCUCCUGAAACAUCAUCCGCGAGAAGUGAUAAGCAACGAGCCGCAUCCGUUUCCACCUGAAGGUCAACAAUCCCUGUCUUCAUCGCCAUCUCAGAAGAAAACACCAAAGCUCUCAACUCCGCCUCCUCACUCGAGUCAGCCUGUAUCUUGAAGCAGGUGGCCCAAACGAACUCACCAGACUGAUCUCGUAGAAUUGCACCUCCUGUUUCCGAACUGGACUCACUGGAGGGCAGACCUUUGUUGGAGAAUGAUGACAGUGUACUCUCCGAGGGGCGGCGAUGGUGUAAAACUUGAUGGAUGGUGGCAGAGGCACCAUUAGCGGAGGUGUCGACCUCUUGGAGGCAGCCUGCGCAAUGGCACACGGAAACCUGCACAUCAAAGGGGAACGUCAUCUGCGCAACACAGACCCCUGCAUCGACACACGACUAAGGCAACAGAUUCAUCCAACAGAACCACACAAACUGUUUGAAAGAUUGAAUUGAAGGAUGUAAUCUAGUCAUCUUAUAUCAUUUUCCCUGUUUAUGCAGAUAAGGCGAUCGUCGAUGGCUUUUAAAAUGGUCUCCACUGUAGAGUGUUCCUUUUGAACGUAUGACGAUGCCUCCUGAAGAUUUUGCUCUAGCUGUUCCUUCAUCUUUAGCAGCUGUUCUUUGAUUAUCUUCAGCGUUCCACCACAAUAUUUCUCAAUUUCAUUAACCACCAUCAGACGUUUUUCGUUCUUGUGGUUGAGAUAUGUGACUGCUGGCGGUGUGAAGAAGAUGUGGUAAGCUGGAAAGUCUUCGAGUUCUGGACCAUACAGUCUUGGCUUUGUAAGAUUUGUUUUUGUCAAGUUGCACUCAAUAGCCAUCUGUAGGUCGUGAGAUGAGUGCACUCUGAUUUGUCUGAGCAUGAAUCUUUUGAUUGCUGUAAGGCCUUCGCCGUAUGUUUUGCUUUGUCUGACUGGAAGGUAUCGAUAAACCAUAAACAUUUGAUAGAUGUCGUCUGAUUUAAGCAUGAUGAAAUCAUUUUCUUGGCAAGUAAAUUCACUCCCAUCAAUGUUGGAUUUCAAAUCUUGUUCCAUCAGCUUUCUUUGAGUACCGGUUGACCUUUGCAACAACAUAUGUAGAUGACCUCCAGCCUGCUUUCCUUUGGGAUGGGUGAGACCUCGCAGUUUCAGUUCAUUCAAUGGUUUGACUUUGUCUGGUCUACGCCAAAUAUGCUCUCUGAUUUCCUCUUGGAAAGGGUUUUGAUUCGUACAUUGUCCCAAGGUUUCUCUGUCCUAGGAAGUCUUCCCGCCGAUUGUCUGACGACAGAUUCAAGUACUUUCUGAGAUUCCUUGUAGUUCUCCCCUUCCUUUCGUUCAUCGUUCUCGAGUCUGAUAAUAUCUUCUGCACAUUUGUUGAUGAGUUCUCGUAGGAACCAUUUCCUCUGCAUAUCUUCACAUUCUUCAUCCUGCAUGAUUUGAUCCAUCUCCGUCCACUGUCUGGGCCAUUUGUCGUGAAUAAUGAUAUCUUCUAGUUGAUCAUGCAUUUCAUCUGACGACAGAAUGGUAGUGGCAGGUUGACCUUUUGGAGAUGGAGGCCUGUUGAACGAAAUACCCGAUUCACUAGGAUUUCCCGUUGUCAUCAUCUUUGAACUAAGUUCUAACUGAUGGCCUGAUGUAAAAGAUGUACCAGUGGUAGCAUCAUCAGGACUUCCAUCCCCUCCUCGGUUAGUAUUUCUAGGAGAUACGCCUCGGGAUAUUGCGUCUAGCUCGACCAGGCUAGAGAUUUUGGCUGCGGGUGGUGGCUGUUGGUUGGUAGAGGUUUCUGGUUGAAUGGGCUGUGGAGUUUGGUUGGCUAAAGCAGUUUGCUCAAGUGGUCGUGGCCGCUUGUUCUCCCCCUCAUGAGGAUCCGAAUCAUCGGGGUCCUCAUGGGAACGUUUGCGACCACGAGGACUGUCCUUGCAUUUGCUUUUGGUUUCAGGGAAAGAAAGGAGUGCUUCGAGAAUGGCUUGCUGGUGGAGGGUAAGAUUGGCUUCAGGGAUGUUUAGAAGAUGGUCCACCAAAGCCGAUGCCAGGGUUUCGAAAGGUAGUGAGGAGAGAUCGAUAGAUGGUGUGGUCGGGCGUGGGGAGAAUACUAGUUCCUCGAGAAUGUGAAAGAAUGAGUAUUUGGUUGAUGGAUUGGUGAGAUAGGGGGUGGAGGAUACUGGUUGUGUAUGGGAGAUGAAGGGUUCGGGUGAAGGUUGGGGUGGGGGUUGUUCAGACUGAACCGCUUGGGUGGUCCUACAUUCCUGUGCUAGAGCGGUCAUUGCAUCUUGCACCCAUGGUUUGAUGGUGGAAUCUAGGAAGCGAUUUAGCAGAACGUUGACGUCUUCAAAGGUUGGGUGUCUAGUUACGCGGGUUGUAACUGUUGUCACAACAUCAGUGCAGAUAGCUGAUGUGUGGCCUGCGUGCAAUGAUGGGAUUAAUGAGGGCAUAUAAGAACUUCCAACCGUCAUAGCUUGCGCUCUGAUUGUUGCGUUCAGGGUGUGUGCACCUGUAUGUGCUGUGAAUAGUGUAGGUGUCCUAGAAAAAGAAGAAAAUGUAGGAAAUGUGACACCUAGAUUCGAUGUGUUUGAAGAAGGGGUUUUGACCUCGGGCGAUAGGUCAAUAAUACGCUCAACUGAUUCGGAAGGAACCAGUGAGGGGGUUGAUUCCCGUGCUUUUGAAACGAUAGCCUGUUGGGAGGCUAUCGAGUGGCUAGGUGAGGGCUGUGCUUGCGCAGUUGAGCCAGAUGCUGCGACUUCUACUCGGGAACCGAAAAGAUCGGCUCCUGUACUUAGGGAUUCGGCUCGGCUUAUCUGGAUAAAUGGAUCACAUCCGGCGAAUAUGUGCUCGUCAGCCUUAUCUAUGAGGCUCUUUCUGACGCGAGGUUGGGGCUUUGACUUAGCAGCUUUGUCAUUUUUAAUCUUAGCCCUUAUCUAUGGGCUGCUUCAUCAUAGUCAUCCUUGGAGCUGUUUGUUUCUCUGUGAUCGCUUUUUGAUGUUUUCAGCUCUUUGAUGGUGAAGAGUUUUGGUCUGCCUGCGAUUAUUGGUGCUGCGUCUUCAGCAGUGAUCUUCUUUGGAGAUUCGACAGACAACUUUCUUUUUCGGAUUAGAGCAUAUGUGUGCUCAACGUCAUCACUGUCAUUAUCACCACCAUCAGAGCCAGACUCCUCGCUAUCCGUACCCACGCUCUCGGAUGCCUCAUCGUCAGUGUUAGUUUGGGCAUCACUCGAUGACUCCUCGGCAGAUUCCUCAUCGUCUGUUUCGGUGCCCUCAGCCGUCUGACUCGUCUCUAGAGAGUCGUCAGACUUUCCUUCAUGGGGCAAACGGACCAUUGGUUUCUGUGGCUUCUGGACUUUCUUAGGACCCUUACCUACACUCGGCUUUGUCCUCGAGGUAGGUCCAACUGGGUUUUGCUGAACCAUAUGGACAGUUCUCUCAAUAUUUUCUUGGUACUGUUGCACUGCCGGAUUUGAUGGUUUGACGAGUUGGAGCAGAAACCCAGGAAUCCGCAGACCCAUGACAUGAUUUUUAUCUGCUUUGAAGUACUGCAGCUUGGGGUGGAGGUGUGCUCUGUCAUGCAAUCAUGAAUGAUCAGCCCUAGCCACCUUGCGUAUGGGAUGGUACCUAGACUGUUUUUCUCCUUUGAUUUGACCAAGUUCAUCAGCUCUGAGAAUAAGAGCUGUGCCAUGUCGUAGUUUUUGUUGAAUGCAAUGCCGUGAAAGAUUAGCAGGAUCUGCUUGUUGCACUUGUCAAACCCGGCAUGCUUUGGCGACAGGCAUUUAUUCACCAGUCCGAUUAGACUCUUCCACGGGUGAUGGAGAUAGGCUCCGUUGAAGUUUGACAGUAGUGGCAGUAGUGAGGUGUAGCCGAGAGAUGCCACGUCUUUGAGUAGAUCAGGGAUGGAUGGCAACGCAUCAUACGUGUCGUGAACUGGCAGCGCUAGUGUAGAUCGCAGUGUUGAUGGCGUCAGGAUUACGCGCAUUCCAUUCAGUUUUGUCUUGAUUUUGGAGCGAUCCUUCACUGAUUCAGUAUGCAUGUGGCCCCAAAAUUGUUGUAGGUAUAUCUCUGACACUGGUUUGGCGUUGUGAAGUGCAUGCCAGAGAUAGUGACCUUUCAUUAUGGCUGGAAUGACUGGAUUCUGGCACUUGAAGACGUUGAGGUCUAGCUGGAAGUUGUUGUCCAACACCUUGACCCACUUGCCCUUAGGCUAGAUGGCGUCGUCAAUCUGUGUUUGAGUUGUACCUGCCAUUAUGAACUGUAAAAGUAGGGGGUCAGCAUAUUAAUUCAAAGGUUUGAUUGCUCUGAGAUUAGAUUGAAAGAGUUUUGGUUUUUGCAGGAUUCAGACAAUUUAUGCAAGUGGAUUUUUAGAAAAAACAGUUCAAGUCCAAAUCUCGAGAUCCAAAUCUCGAGAUCAAGAUUUCGAGAUCCAAAUCUCGAGAUCAAGAUUUCGAGAUUCAAAUCUCGAGAUCUCUCGCGAAAAUGAAUCAACGAACUCGAGAUCUGGAGAAGUGAAUCUCGAGAUCAUAAAAUCUCGAAAAGAUGAUUCCACCUGCAAAAACAUAAGCAAUAGAUACGAAAACCGAUAUACAUUGUGAUUUCGACCUUGAAAUUAAACUUAAAAAUCGCUUUUUUUUUGAUUUUUUACGAACGAUUUCGAGAGGAUUUUUCGUUUGAAAACAGAGUAGAUGGCGAUGGCGAAGGAGAAGGGAGGUGCCAAGAAACGUUCGCCGUUAAACUACCUUUUCAAAAAACUGAGAUGGAGAGAAGUUGGAGAUGGAGAGAAUUUUAGAAGAAGUCGAGGAGCUCUGAGUUUGCGAGAAGCUGAAAGCGAGAAAACAGUGAGAAGGGACGGAAGCGUUUUCGCGAGGCUUUAAAUACGCGAGAAAGGUUGGGCCUUAACAGUUCAGCCCGAAUUUAUGGGUUAGCAAAGAAUUUCAAUUUAGAAGGAUUUAGAGGCCCAAAGUCAGUAAAAAUUAGAGCUCUCCCCCUCAAACAGUGAGAAUUUUCUUUUUCUCCCCCCCCCCCCCCAAAACAAAAUGCAACAAAUAAUAUGUACAAAUGCAACACACACACUAUUUUUUUGUUCUUUUUCGGAUUUUCUCCCCCUCAACACAUGCAACGCACACACACUAUUUUUUGUUCUUUUUCGGAUUUUCUCCCCUCAGCACAUGCAACACACACACACUAUUUACAGAUCACACUCACACACGCUUUUUACAAGUCCCACACACACACUUUUCAGACCGGUGGAGAUUAAAUUUAAACAGACUCGAGGUUCAACAUGCCCAACUUGGAGACCAGGAACUGGAAUCUUUUUUCAUCCAAUGCCUUAGUAAACAAGUCAGCCAGUUGAAGCUCUGAGCUUACAAAGUACAUAUCAAUGUCUCCUUUCUCUACGUGAUCCUUGAUGAAAUGAUAGCGCAUAUCAAUGUGUUUGGUGCGGGAGUGGUGAACCGGAUUGCUUGUGAUGUCGAUGGCGCUUUGAGAGUCACUGUAGAUCGGGAUAUGGCGGAAUGUGUAACCGUAGUCCUGGAGCUGAGUCUUCAUCCAUAAUAUUUGUGAACAACAACUAGCAACCGCGACGUAUUCGGCCUCAGCUGUAGAUGUUGACACACAAUUCUGCUUUUUGGAAGACUAGCAGGCUAGCUUCUCACCCAAGAAUUGGACGGCUCUCGAUGUACUUUUGCGGUCCAUCCGGCAACCAGCAAAAUCAGCGUCCGAGUAUCCGACUAGAUCAAAGCCUGAAUGCUUGGGAUACCAAAGGCCUAGAUUCACCGUGCCUUUGAGAUAUCUUAAAAUUCGACGUACAACAGUCAGAUGAGAUUCCUUCGGAUUGGCUUGAAACCGAACACAUAAGCAUGUGGAGAAAACAAUGUCAGGCCUGCUCGACGUGAGAUACAUCAAAGACCCAAUGAUGGCCCUAUAAUUCGUAGCAUCAACUGGCUUCCCGGAAGGGUCUGAGUCCAGUUUAUUGUUUGGGGACAUAGUAGGGAUGGACUCGGGUCCGGGCCGGGUCCGGGUCGGGCCUAGGCCCGGGCGGGCCGGCGGUUCAAGAAUAGUGGACCCGGGACCUACAAUGAUGGCCCUAUAAUUCGUAGCAUCAACUGGCUUCCCGGAAGGGUCUGAGUCCAGUUUAUUGUUUGGGGACAUAGUAGGGAUGGACUCGGGUCCGGGCCGGGUCCGGGUCGGGCCUAGGCCCGGACGGGCCGGCGGUUCAAGAAUAGUGGACCCGGGACCGGCCCGGGUAGCCACCGGGUCCGGCCCGGGUAGCCACCGGGUCCGGUCCGGGCCAGGCCGAGCCUCCGGUUUGGAUUUUUUUUUGCUUUCCUAACCACCCCAUCACCCCCCACCCUCCCAAACCCCUCAAACCCAUCCUACCCAUCAAGCCCAACCUGGGUGGAACCCCAAAAAUGAAAAAAAAAUAAAAAAAAUCAAUUUGGCCCGGGCCUGACCCUGCCGGGCCGGUUCACCAAAAUUGAGAACCGGGCCGGUCCCGGUCCCGCACAGUAGCGGGCCGGUCCGGUCCACGGGCCGGGUGGCCCGACCCAAGUCCAACCAUAGGACAUAGGGGUCGUCAUGGAAGAUUUGCCUUCAAUGUCAUAUCCAAAAUGUAUUUGGACUGGUUGAUGAAAAUGCCAUCAGAGAGUUGUCUUACUUGCAGGCCUAAGAAGAAGUUAAGUUCACCCAUCAUGCUCAUCUCGAACUUUAUUUUCAUCAGUUUCUCAAAAUGUUGGCAUAGGCGCGAAUUUGAUGAGGCAAAGAUGAUGUCAUCGACAUAGAUCUGAAUCAGAAUGAUGUCAGAUUUCUGUCGCUUGAUAAACAGAGUAGUAUCAAUCUUUCAUUUGGAGAAACCUGAAUCAAUCAGAAAUUCGGUCAAUGCAUCGUACCAAGCUCUGGGUGCCUGUUUCAGCCCAUAGAGAGCUUUCUUGAGUUUGUAUACAUGGUCUGGGAAUUUUGGAUCUACAAAUCCUUCAGGUUGAGCAACAUAGACUUCUUCUUCUAAAGUCCCAUUUAGAAAAGCUGUUUUCACGUCCAUCUGAAAGACGGUGAAGUUUUUGUGCGCUGCGUACGCAAGAAAGAGGCAGAUUGCUUCAAUUCUAGCUACGGGCGCAAACGUUUCAUCGUAGUCUAUGCCUCCCUGUUGAUGAUAUCCCUUUGCGACCAGCCUUGCCUUGUUCCUUACAACUGUUCCUUCUUCAUCCUUUUUAUUUUUGAAUACCCACUUCGUGUCAAUGAUAGUCUUUCUCUGAGGCUUGGGUACCAGUGACCAUACAUCCACUCUGCCAAACUGAUUGAGUUCAUCUUGCAUCGCAAUCACCGAAUCUGGAUCAAGUAGUACAUCAGAGACCUUUGAUGGUUCUGACUGGCUUAGGAAGCAUGCGAAGUGGCAUUCAUUCAUCGUUGCGGAUCUUGUGCGCACACCUUGACUCGGAUCACCUAUUAUCUGAUCAACGGGAUGUGAUCUCGUCCAUUUCCUCUCAUGAGCUAGAGGAGUUGGAGUAAUGAUUGGUUGAUCUCAGUCCUGAUAGGGGUUUGAGGUCUCUGGAGCAGCUGUGGUGUGCAGUGGAGAUGAUUCUGGACUUGUAGCAAAACCGUGAUCAUCCACACCUCUGAGAUUGGAUUGAGGGGUUGAGGGUGUGGAUGGUACAUCGUCUGGACCUGUGAGAAGCGGAAUCUCUGCUGUUGGAGUUGAUGUUGAAGCUGGUGUGCAUGGAAGAGGUGGAGAUUGUGAGUUCUCGUAGAAGUUUCUGAAAAGAGAAUCGAGAAUCACAUCUUCGUGUUCUGUGUUUGGUUCAGAUUUAUCAGAAGCCACUGGUACAACAUGUGAUGGAUCAGCCUGUAGAUGUUCGAUCACGAAGUCUGUCAUUUCAUAGAAUGUAACAUUUACACUCUCGAUGACAGUGCGCUUGUCUCUUAGAUAGACUCUGUAAGCUUUGGACUGCAGUGAGUAGCCAAUAAACACGCCUUCUCUGGCUUUGGGGUCCAGCUUACUUCUCUCUGUCCGAUCAUUCAGCAUUAAGCACUUGCAGCCAAAAACCUUGAAGAAAGAAAUGUCAGGAGUUCUGUUGAAGAGAAUUUCACACGGAGUCUUGUCGAAGCGUUUAUGGAUGGAAGUUCUGUUCUGGGUGAAACACGCCGUAUUGAUUGCCUCUGCCCACAUGAAGUGAGGCAGACUGGAUUGGAUUUUUGAACUCGGUACCAUUGUCAGUUCUUACCAUUCGAACACUGUGCUGUUGCAGUUUCUGGAUGGUCCUGAUAAAGGUCAUAAUGUUUUCUGCAGCCUCGUCCUUUGAACGGAGAAAUUUUGUCCAUGUGUACCUAGAGAAGUCAUCAACGAUCACCAGAGUGUAUUUGCGACCGUUGAUGCUUUGGACUCUCAUAGGUCCACAGAUGGAAGUUCAGAUGGGAGAGACGUCUGGGAGAGACAGCAGACAGAUGGAAGUGGUGGAUUGUACGCUUUUCAGAUCAAUAGUGUACAGAUUUGAUGUUCUGUAACACGUUAAUAAUGUUUUCCCCAUGCUGUCUAGAACACAGCAUUGCUUUGCAAAGAACCUCACUUCUAUCCCGCUGUCACAGAAUUGCCCUAUGCUCAGUAAGUUGUGUUUGAGCCCUUUGACAAAUGAAACAUCUUUGAUAGUGACACUGACACAGAUGACGUCCCCAUACCCAAGAAUAGAAGAUGAGGCGUCAUUCCCAAAUCUGACAUUGCCUCCGUAACAGUUGGUGUAGUUGCUCAAUAGGUGUUUUAUUCCGGUCAUGUGUGUUGAGCAUCCUGAGUCUAAGUGCCACACAUGACCGUCCUGCAAAACAAUCAAACAGAUUUAGGUACCCAUCUUGGAGUGGGUCCUUCCUUAUUAACAAAUAUCACCUUUCUAAAUCUUGCUUUUAGCUGUGAUCCAAGGUCAACAGCUCUUUCAACAAAAGAUCUUUCUCUUGUGGUCUCUCCAAUAGCCAGAUCUGCUUUUGCAGUGAGUUUGGUUUUUGGAGCCCACUUAGCAAUUUCCAUUUUAGUGGGUCUGAUUUUGUGAACCCACCUUUCCGUUUUAGUCUUGGUGGGUCUGUUCUUGGGGACCCACCUUUCAGGUUCAGUUUUGGUGGGUCUGCAUUUGGGGACCCACCUAUCUGUUUCAGGCUUGGUAGGUCUCAUCUUGGGGCUCCCAUCUUUCGGUUUCAGUUUUGGUGGGUCUUAUCUUGGGAACCCACAUUUCAGUUUUAGUUUUGGGAGAAGAGUAGACAUGAGCUUUGUGAUUGAAUGGUUGUUUCUUAAGUUUGGUUUUAAAAAUUUCUUCUUUAGAAAGCCGAUUAAGAUGUUUCCUUGAAUGAACUCGAAGAGCAUAUUUCAUAUCAGGUAUACAAAAUAUUCCCUUAGAAGUUCUGUUCUCGGUUUCUCUUUUUGGUUUGAGCUUUCUGUGAGACUUUGCUUUAACAACAUUCACAUCACAUUCAUAAUUAUGGGGGUCUGGAACAAAAUAACAAUAAGCAAUACUUGAAUUAUGAAUUGAACGAUGUCUAGAAGAAGUCUCAGAAAUAUUCAGCUUGGGACUCAAGACUGAACUACUAGAAGUUUGUUUCUCAGAGACAGAAUUACAAUUAACUUUUGAAUAAAAAAUAGAACUAGAUCUAGGACCGGCUUUAUUAUCAAAAACUUUCUUUUUGCCUUCUGCGAUUUCCUCCCUCUUCUUCCUCCACUCACUCUUCUCUUCUCCUUCCUUCUUCACUUCAUUUCCUGUAAACAAAGGAGAAGAGAGAUGAGUGGACGAACCUUUUAAAAACUUGGUUUUCAUUGGUGAGGUGUGUGAACUGUCAGACUUAUUAUUAGAAGUAGAAGGGGCUGUUUUAGCAUGAUACUGCUCACUUAAUUCAUUGAACUUUUGAAGAAGUUCCUGCCAGUUGCUCUCAAAACCUCUCUUUUCAGUUUCAAAUCUCUCUCUCUCGUUAUCAAGAGUUUUCUGGAGGUUUUUGAGUUUUUGAGCCAUAGGAAAAAUACAAGGUUCCUCUCCAGUUUUAGAGAUACCUACUAUUGGGGGUGGGUCUAGAGGAUGUCCUAUGUGUGGAAUAUCUUUUGCAUAAGGGUCAAGACAUUCACUAAAGCAGAAACUAGAUUCUUCUUGUGAAAGUUGUUUUUCAUUAACAGAGGGAUAAUCACAAGAAAUCGCAGCUUUAAGGUUCUUUCUCUUUUCUUCUUCUGCUUCACCGUUUUCAUCAUCACUUCGAAAAUACAUUUUCUCACCAAACCCUAGUCCCAUUAAUCUUUGUUAUAGAUUUGAAGACAAUUAACUUUCUUUAGAUUACAUGGGUUGGUUAUGCCCAGUCCUAUUCUAGGAUUGUAAAAUCGGUCAUCCUUUAUUCGAUUAAGAAAAAUUGUCUGUUCAGACUGACCUCUCUUAGCAGCUAGAUCCUCUAGUUCUUUUAUUUUGUUUAAGAGUGUUCUUCUCUUAUUAUGCAAAAAAUCGCAUUCAGCCUUUGCUGUGCUUUUUUCUCGUUUACUAUCCUCAAAUUUCUUAGUUAAUUCAGCUAUCUUAAGUUCAAAACUUUCAAAAUCUGAGGACACCUUUUUGACCUGAUCUUUCGCAAUUUCAAGUUGAACACUUAGAAAAGACUUUUGGUCUAGAUUCUGUUUCAGUACCCUGUGAUUAUUGUCUAAUCUCUCCUUUAGUUCUUUAAUUAGAUUGUCCUUCUCAUGUAAGGACUGAUUUUGAUUAUUUAAAGGAGUAUGAGAGGUACUUACAGAGAUUGUUGAGCAUUCACUUUCGGGGAUCGCAGCAUCACCCUUUCUUUCAUCUUUUUCCUCCACUCGUGCCAUCAGGGCAUAGUUUUCUUCCUCCUCCUCCUCAUCAGAAGUAUCUUCUGCCCAGUUAUCAUACUCAGCAAUCAUUGCAGAAGUUUCUUCUUCUUUCUGCACCAUCAGCAUUUUCUGCUUAUUCCACAGCAUCUUCUGCUUAUAGAAGUUUGCAUCCUUCUUCUUUGGGAGGCGGCAGUCUUUGAUGACAUGUCCAGCCUUUCCACAAUUGUAGCAUUUGGGAGAAUCUUUAGCUGAUGGAGCCUUCCUAGAAGAUCAUUGUUCAUGGUUCUUCUGUUUGUAGUUUGGGGUGGAAGUUCUAAGCUUGUUGGAGGAGCUGCUCUUCUUUGCAAAUUUCUUGGCAAGCAGUGCCAUCUUUUUUCUGUAAGUCUGCAAGCUCAGCCUCCAGAUCAGAUUUGUCGUCAUCACUUUCAUCAUCAUCUGAUUCAACCACCAUCAUUUUUCUUCUUCUUCUUCUUCUUCAGUGGUGUGGUUGUCCUUCGGGGCUGGGCUUCCAUCACUAGAGCCAGGGGAUUUGUGCUGUGAUGAUCCUCGGCACAGCCAACCUCAUUGACAAAUUGCUUCAAAUGUUCAUAUAGAGUGCAGAGGUCAAUUUCAUCCAAGUCAAUCCGAGAUCUAACAUCCUUCACUGUCUUUUCCCAUGCAGGAUGUAAGCUGGAUAGGUAUCUUAUAUUCAGUUCCAAGUUGGACCUGAAUACUUUGAUUUUUCUAAGUUCAUUGACCAGUUGGACGAGUCUGUUGUAAGUCUCAUUCAAUGGUUCUCCCGAGCCAGUUUUGAAGGAGUCAUAAGCAAUAAGAAUUGUUGUCUUCUUGGUUUUAAGGCUAAUGCUUGUGCCUUGGAACAGUUUCUCUAUCUCAUCCCACAUUUCCUUUGCUGUUUGCAUGCUAUCGAUGAGAACAUAUACUUCGUUAGGGAUUGCUUGAAGGAGGUACGUCUUGGCCAUGAGAUCACUUCGAAGCCUGAGCCUGUUAGCUUCGGUAUAUUCAGAUGCCACUUUCCGUCUUAUUUCUGGAAGAAUAGGUGGGUUGUUUUCUGGAUCACCACCAACUGAAAUCAUCAGUUCAGCUGGUUCUUCAAGCAGCGAUUCAAGCAUCGCAAUGGAGUUUUCUUUGUGCUCAAGGAAAUUAAAGAAUCGAUUACUCCACAUUUGGUAUUUUCCUUUCCUGAGACUGUGAGGAGUACUGCUGUUCCCUUGGACAUUGAAUUCUAAGGCCAUUGCUGUAUAAAACUGACCGUUCGAGAGAAUUGAUCAAAAGAUUUUCAGAGGCAGAGUUGUCGAAAAUCAGAUGUCGAGAUCUGAAUAUCGAGAUUUGGGAUUUCGAUAAAGGAGGUCCGGUUUCGAGAUUUGAUAUCGAGAUUAGGAUGUCGAGUUUUGAAAUCUCGAGAUUUCAAAUGUCGAGAUGUAGAUCUCGAGAUUUGAGAUGUCGAGAAGUUAAACUCGAAAUCUUAUUUCGAGAAGUCAAAUGUCGAGACCAGAUGUCGAGACCUUAAAAUCGAAAUCUUGAUCUCGAGAUUUAGAUGUCGAAAUCCUCAAUGUCGAAAUCCUGCAAACUGUAAAAAUCAGAUAAGCAAAAUCUGAAGGUAGUUUCUUGUAGAGUAUGAUGUCGAGAUCCUCAGGUGAAGUUUUCAGCUCGAAAUACUUGGCAGAACCUGUUUAAAACCUAGAUGUCGACCUAGCUACUCGAAAUAUCUCAAGUACAGAAAUUGCAGAAAACGAAAUCUGAAGUAUACCCCUUGAUCGCUUCGAAACGACGAUUCUAAGAGUGUAAGUUUUACAACUUUUUAACAAGAAAUAAGAUUACAGAGUAAAAAAUCGACAGAAAGAACAACGUAAAGAAAAACAGAGUUCUUCUGCAGGCGUUCUUCUGAUCGGCUCUCGAUCGGCUCUGAUACCAAUCGAUAGUCCCUGUUUCUGUAACAGCAAUGAAUAACAGUAUAACAAAGAAGAUUAAACGUAAGGAUGAACACAGAUGAAUCGAUGUAAAACCCUCUUUGAUAUACCGUGAACUCGUACACAGAAUGAUUUGCGCUUAAGGCUAUAAUGAAUAAGUACGAAAGUUAACCUAAUCCUGACACCUCGGCUCCCUUUUUAAAGGCGAGGUUCAGGUAGGCGUGAAAGGCUUUUAGCCUGUUUGUAUGGGCCUAACACUUGGCCCAUAUUCUAUCUAAUAAAUGCACUUAUUUAAUACAAGGAAUAAUAAUAAAGCUAAUCUAUUACAAGAUAAAUGACAAACUUGAUUCACAAUUAAAUGAUCUUCAACAUUUAUAACGGCGGAUAGCUGAGAGUAUCCCUCACAAUCAGCAUACAAGGGUUGAUCGCCAGCUUUUAAAACAUCUUGAAAUCUCUCAGCUAAACCUUCAUCUACAUAAGGUUGAUAAAAUAUCGGAUCUUCAUCUUCAUCUGGUUGAUACGAGGUCGAGGCUUCAGGAGAAUCGUUAGAUAGUUGUGGGGGGUUGAACUGAGACAUCGAUGCACCGUAUGCGUCAUAUACCAUACGUUGCUCUCAUCUCAUUUCAGUAGGGUCUUCCCACGCAUUCAUCUCUGCAGGGAUGUUACGAGAAGAACUUACCGUUUGUAGUAAAACAGAUGGAUCCAAAGGUUCGCAAUGAGAAGUCCAAUUAUAAUAAUUGGGAACAAAACCGUCCGCGUACAAAUCCCACCCAACUUCGUCUGAGUGUUUAAAUUUGAGAUUUUUACACUUUGAACAUGGACAUCUGAUUUUAUCACCACUCAUAUAAGCCCGGUGUUCAAGUGUGAAUGCAAUAAACUCCCUGUUGAAGAUCAUUUAAUUGUGAAUCAAGUUUGUCAUCUAUCUUGUAAUAGAUUAACUUUAUUAUUAUUCCUUGUAUUAAAUAAGUGUAUUUAUUAGAUAGAAUAUGGGCCAAGUGUUAGGCCCAUACAAACAGGCUAAAAGCCUUUCACGCCUACCUGAACCUCGCCUAUAAAAAGGGAGCCGAAGGUUCAGGAUUAGGUUAAAUUUCGUACUUGUUCAUUAUAGCCUUACACAAAUCUUUCUGUGUACGAGUUCACGGUAUAUCAAAGAGGGUUUUACAUCGAUUCAUCUGUGGUCAUCCUUACGUUUAAUCUUCUUUGUUAUACUGCUAUUCAUUGCUGUUACAGAAACAAGGACUAUCAAUUGGUAUCAGAGCCGAUCGAGAGCCGAUCAGAAGAACGCCUGCAGAAGAUUCUGUUUUUCUUUACGUUCUUUCUGUCGAUUUUUUACUCUGUAAUCUUGUUUUUUAUUAAAAAGUUGUAAAAGUUACACCCUUAGAAUCGUCGUUUCGAAGCGAUCAAGGGGUAUACUUCAGAUUUCGUUUUCUGCAAUUUCUGUACUUGAGAUAUUUCGAAUAGCUUUGUCGACAACUAGGAUUUAAGCAGGUUCUGCCAAGUAUUUCGAGCUGAAAACUUCACCUGAGGAUCUCGACAUCAUACUCUACAAGAAACUACCUUCAGAUUUUGCUUAUCUGAUUUUUACAGUUUGCAGGAUUUCGACAUUGAGGAUUUCGACAUCUAGGAUCUCGAGAUCAAGAUUUCGACUUUAAGGUCUCGACAUUUGACUUCUUGAAAUACGAUUUCGAGCUUAACUUCUCGACAUCUCAAAUCUCGAGAUCUUCUUCUCGACAUUUGAAAUCUCGAGAUCUUUAAUCUCGACAUCCUAAUCUCGACAUCAAAUCUCGAAACCGGGCCUCCUUUAUCGAAAUCCCAGAUCUCGAUAUUCAGAUCUCGACAUCUGAUUUUCGACAUUCUGCCUCUGAAAAUCUUUUGAUCAAUUAUAUCGAACGGUCAGUUUUAUACAUCAAUGGUCUCAGAAUUCAAUGCCCAAGGGAACAGCAGUACUCCUCCCAGUCUCAGGAAAGGUGAAAACCAAAUGUGGAGGAAUCGAUUCCUUAAUUUCCUUGAGCACAAAGAGAACUCCGCUGCGAUGCUUGAAUCGUUGCUUGAAGGACCAGCUGAACUGAUGAUUUCAGUUGGUGGUGAUCCAGAAAACAACCCACCUAACGAAGUACCUCCUUCAAGCAAUACCUAACGAAGUAUAUGUUCUCAUUGAUAGCAUGCAAACAGCAAAGAAAAUGUGGGAUGAGAUAGAGAAACUGCUCCAAGGCACAAACAUUAGCCUUAAAACCAAGAAGACAACAAUUCUUAUUGCUUAUGACUCCUUCAAAGCAGGCCCGAGAGUAUUCAGGUUAGAUCAUAUUAGCCUUAAAACCAAUGAACUUAGAAAAAUCAAAGUAUUCAGGUCCAACUUGGAACUGAAUAUAAGAUUUCUAUCCAGCCUGCAUGGGAAAAUACGGUGAAGGAUGUUAGAUCUCGCAUUGACUUGGAUGAAAUUGACCUCUGCACUCUAUAUGAACAUUUGAACCAAUUUGGCAAUGAGGUUGCUUGUGCCGAGGAUCAUCACACCACAAAUCCCCUGGCUCUUGUGAUGGAAGCUCAGCCCCAAAGGACAACCACACCACUGAAGAAGAAGAAAAAGAAGAAGGUGGUGGUUGAAUCAGACGAUGAUGAAAGUGAUGACGACAAAUCUGAUCUGGAGACUGAGCUUGCAGACUUACAGAAAAAGAUGGCACUGCUUGCCAAGAGAUUUGCAAAGAAGAACAGCUCCUCCAACAAACUGAGAACCUACUCCUCAAACUACAAACAGAAGAACCAUGAACAAGGAUCUUCUAGGAAGGUGCCAUCGGCUGAAGAUGCCCCCAAAUGCUACAAUUGUGGAAAGGCUGGACAUGUCAUCAAAGACUGUCGCCUCCCAAAGAAGAAGGAUGCAAACUUCUACAAGCAGAAGAUGUUGUGGAAUAAGCAGAAAAUGCAAAUGGUGCAGAAAGAAGAAGAAACUUCUGCAAUGAUGGCUGAGAAUGAUAACUGGGCAGAAGAUACUUCUGAUGAGGAGGAGGAAGAAAACUAUGCCCCGAUGGCACGAGUGGAGGAAAAAGAUGAAAGAAAGGGUGAUGCUGCGAUCCCCGAAAGUGAAUGAUCAACAAGCUCUGUAAGUACCUCUCAUACUCCUUUAAAUAAUCAAAAUCAGUCCUUACUUGAGAAGGACAAUCUAAUUAAAGAACUAAAGGAGAGAUUAGACAAUAAUCGCAGGAUACUGAAACAGAAUCUAGACCAAAAGUCUUCUCUAAGUGUUCAACUUGAAAUUGCGAAAGAUCAGGUCAAAAAGGUGUCCUCAGAUUUUGAAAGUUUUGAACUUAAGAUAGCUGAAUUAACUAAGAAUUUUGAGGAUAGUGAACGAGAAAAAAGCACAACAAAAGCUGAAUGCGACUUUUUGCAUAAUAAGAGAAGAACACUUUUAAAUAAAAUAAAAGAACUAGAGGAUCUAGCUGCUAAGAGAGGUCAGUCUGAACAGACAAUUUUUCUUAAUCGAAUAAAGGAUGACCGAUUUUACAAUCCUAGAAUAGGACUGGGCAUAACCAACCCAUGGGACUAGGGUUUGGUGAGGAAAUGUAUGUUCGAAGUGAUGAUGAAAACGCUGAAGCAGAAGAAGGAAAAAAGAAAGAACCCUAAAGCUGCGAUUUCUUGUGAUUAUCCCUCUGUUAAUGAAAAACAACUUUCACAAAAAGAAUCUAGUUCCUGCUUUAGUUAAAAUCUUGACCCUUAUACAAAAGAUAUUUCACACAUAGGACAUAUUCUAGACCCACCCCCAAGAGUAGGUAUCUCUAAAACUGGAGAUGACCUUGUAUUUUUCCUAUGGCUCAAAAACUCAAAAACCUCCAGAAAACUCUUGAUAACGAGAGAGAGAUUUGAAACUGAAAAGAGAGGUUUUGAGAGCAACUGGCAGGAACUUCUUCAAAAGUUCAAUGAAUUAAGUGAGCAGUAUCAUGCUAAAACAGCCCCUUCUACUUCUAAUAAUAAGUCUGACAGUUCACACACCUCACCAAUGAAAACCAAGUUUUUAAAAGGUUCGUCCACUCAUCUCUCUUCUCCUUUGUUUACAGGAAAUGAAGUGAAGAAGGAAGGAGAAGAGAAGAGUGAGUGGAGGAAGAAGAGGGAGGAAAUCGCAGAAGGCAAAAAGAAAGUUUUUGAUAAUAAAGCCAGCCCUAGAUCUAGUUCUAUUUUUUUAUUCUAAAGUUAAUUGUAAUUCUGUCUCUGAGAAACAAACUUCUAGUAGUUCAGUCUUGAGUCCCAAGCUGAAUAUUUCUGAGACUUCUUCUAGACAUCGUUCAAUUCAUAAUUCAAGUAUUGCUUAUGGUUAUUCUGUUCCAGACCCCCAUAAUUAUGAAUGUGAUGUGAAUGUUGUUAAAGCAAAGUCUCACAGAAAGCUCAAACCAAAAAGAGAAACCGAGAACAGAACUUCUAAGGGAAUAUUUUGUAUACCUGAUAUGAAAUAUGCUCUUCGAGUUCAUUCAAGGAAACAUCUUAAUCGGCUUUCUAAAGAGGAAAUUUUUAAAACCAAACUUAAGAAACAACCAUUCAAUCACAAAGCUCAUGUCUACUCUCCUCCAAAACCUAAAACUGAAAUGUGGGUUCCCAAGAUAAGACCCACCAAAACUGAGACCGAAAGAUGGGUCCCCAAGAUGAGACCUACCAAGCCUGAAACAGAUAGGUGGGUCCCCAAACGCAGACCCACCAAAAAUGAACCUGAAAGGUGGGUCCCCAAAAACAGACCCACCAAGACUAAAACGGAAAGGUGGGUUCACAAAAUCGGACCCACCAAAAUGGAAACUGCUAAGUGGGCUCCAAAAACCAGACCCACUGCAAAAGCAGAUCUGGCUAUUGGAGAGCCCACAAGAGAAAGAUCUUUUGUUGAAAAAGCUGUUGAUCUUGGAUCACAGCUAAAAGCAAGAUUUAGAAAGGUGUUUUUUGUUGAUAAGGAAGGACCCACUCAAAGAUGGGUACCUAAACCUGUUUGAUUGUUUUGCAGGACGGUCAUGUGUGGCACUUAGACUCAGGAUGCUCAACCCACAUGACCGGAAUAAAACACCUAUUGAGCAACUACACCAACUGUUACGGAGGCAAUGUCAGAUUUGGGAAUGAUGCCUCAUCUCCUAUUCUAGGGUAUGGGGACGUCAUCUGUGCCAGUGUCACUAUCAAAGAUGUUUCAUUUGUCAAAGGGCUCAAACACAACUUACUCAGAAUUGCGCAAUUCUGUGACAGCGGGAUGGGAGUAAGGUUCUUUGCAAAACAAUGCUGUGUUCUUGACAGCAUUGGGAAUACAUUAUUAACGUGUUACAGAACAUCAAAUUUGUACACUAUUGAACUGAAAAGCGUUCAAUCCACCACUUCCAUCUGUCUGUUGUCCAAAGCUUCAACAGAACAGAACAACCUAUGACACAAACGUCUCUCCCAUCUGAAUUUCAAGCAUCUUUCAAUCCUGUCCUCCAAGAAUGGGCUUCCUCUGUUAAAGUCUUUCGCUGAAAAUCAUUGUAGUGCCUGCAAAAUGGGCAAAAUGACGCGAAGCUCCCACAAGUCGAAAACAGUACCAUCAUCUACACAUCAGCUGCAGCUAAUUCACAUGGAUCUGUGUGGACCUAUGAGAGUCCAAAGCAUUAACGGUCGCAAAUACACUCUGGUGAUCGUUGAUGACUUCUCUAGGUACACAUGGACAAAAUUUCUCCGUUCAAAAGACGAGGCUGCAGAAAACAUUAUGACCUUUAUCAGGACCAUCCACAAAUUGCUACAGCACAGUGUUCAAAUUGUAAGAACUGACAAUGGUACCGAGUUCAAAAAUCAAACUCUCACUGAGAUCUAUGAAUCUCUCGGUAUCACUCAGCAAUUUGCAGCAGCUAAAACUCCCCAACAGAACGGAGUUGUUGAGAGAAAGAACAGAACCCUUGUUGAAGCAGCACGCACCAUGUUAAUCCAAUCCAGACUGCCUCACUUCAUGUGGGCAGAGGCAAUCAAUACUGCGUGCUUCACCCAGAACAGAACAUCCAUUCAUAAACGCUUCAACAAGACUCCAUAUGAAAUUCUCUUCAACAGAACUCCCGACAUCUCUUUCUUCAAGGUUUUUGGCUGCAAGUGCUUCAUACUAAAUGAUCGGACAGAGAGAAGUAAGCUGGACCCCAAAGCCAGAGAAGGCGUGUUUAUUGGCUACUCACUGCACUCCAAAGCUUACAGAGUCUAUCUAAGAGACAAGCGCACUGGCAUCGAGAGUGUAAAUGUUACAUUCUAUGAAAUGGCAGAUUUCGCAAUCGAACAUCUACAGGCUGAUCCAUCACAUGCUGUACCAGUGGCUUCUGAUAAAGCUGAACCAAACAUAGAACACGAAGAUGUGAUUCUCGAUUCUCUUUUCAGAAACUUCUACGAGAACUCACAAUCUCCACCUCCUCCAUGCUCACCAGCUUCAACAUCAACUCCAACAGCAGAGAUUCCGCUCCUCACAGGCACAGACGAUGUACCAUCCACACCCUCAACCCCUCAAUCCAAUCUCAGAGGUGUGGAUGAUCACGGUUUUGCUACAAGUCCAGAAUCAUCUCCACUGCACACCACAGCUGCUCCAGAGCCCUCAAACUCCUAUCAGGACUCGGAUCAACCAAUCAUUACUCCAACUCCUCUAGCUCAUGAGAGGAAAUGGACGAGAGCACAUCCCGUUGAUCAGAUAAUAGGUGCUCCAAGUCAAGGUGUGCGCACAAGAUCCGCAACGAUGAAUGAAUGCCACUUCGCAUGCUUCCUAAGCCAGUCAGAACCAUCAAAAGUCUCUGAUGCACUACUUGAUCCAGAUUGGGUGAUUCGAUGCAAGAUGAACUCAAUCAGUUUGACAGACUGGAUGUAUGGUCACUGGUACCCAAGCCUCAGAGAAAGACUAUCAUUGACACGAAGUGGGUAUUCAAAAAUAAAAAGGAUGAAGAAGGAACAGUUGUAAGGAACAAGGCAAGGCUGGUCGCAAAGGGAUAUCAUCAACAGGGAGGCAUAGACUACGAUGAAACGUUUGCGCCCGUAGCUAGAAUUGAAGCAAUCUGCCUCUUUCUUGCGUACGCAGCGCACAAAAACUUCACCGUCUUUCAGAUGGACGUGAAAACAGCUUUUCUAAAUGGGACUUUAGAAGAAGAAGUCUAUGUUGCUCAACCUGAAGGAUUUGUAGAUCCAAAAUUCCCAAACCAUGUAUACAAGCUCAAGAAAGUUCUCUAUGGGUUGAAACAGGCACCCAGAGUUUGGUACGAUGCCUUGACCGAAUUUUUGAUUGAUUCAGAUUUCUCUAAAGGAAAGAUUGAUACUACUAUGUUUAUCAAGCGACAGAAAUCUGACAUCAUUCUGAUUCAGAUCUAUGUCGAUGACAUCAUCUUUGCCUCAUCAAUCCCACACCUUUGCCAACAUUUUGAGAAACUGAUGAAAACAAAGUUAGAGAUGAGCAUGAUGGGUGAACUUAACUUCUUCUUAGGCCUGCAAGUAAGACAACUCUCUGAUGGCAUUUUCAUCAAUCAGUCCAAAUACAUUCUGGAUUUGCCAAAGAAAUUCAACAUUGAAGGCAAAUCUUCCAUGACGACCCCUAUGUCCCCAAACAAUAAACUGGACCAGACCCCUCCGGAAAGCCAGUUGAUGCUACGAAUUACAGGGCCAUCAUUGGAUCUUUGUUGUAUCUCACUUCGUGAAAUUAAGAUAGGCACUUAGGAAUUAAGGUAGUAAUGUCUCACUCAAUGGUGGCUCACUCAAGCUUGAGGAUAUGACCUUCCCAAGCUAACUCUCUUCUCUCUCAAAGAGGCUCUCUAACUCUCUAGCUUUCUCACUCUAGGAAGUGGAUUCUCUCUUGCUAGGAUUGCUAGGAUUAGGAUUGGGAUGGAUAGGAAUGAAGGCUCCUACUCCUAUUUAUACUACUCCACCUCCAUAAUGAGUGGUGGAGAAUAUUUCUCUAGAAUGAUCUACAUGACUACCUAUUCUAGAGAAUUCCAUGGAAUCUCUACACCUCUCCAUUCUCUUCCAUAUGCUUCCAUACUCUUCCAUAAGCUUCCGGAAGGUUCCACACAUCUCUAGAAUAUUCCAGAGGAUUCCACAUUAUUCCGCAAGCUUCUAGAGAGUUCUAGACUUCUCUAGGAUUCUCCGCAAUGUUCUAGAAAAUUUUAUACUUCUCUAGAAAGCUCUAGAAUUUUCUAGAACCUCUCCAAUUAAGUAGGGAUCCCAACAAAUCUCCCCCUCCCAACUUAAUUGGGGGGUUGUAGCAAACUUGCACCUUGACAACAAUCUUCGAACUUCUUUGUCGGUAUAACCUUGGUCAUCAUGUCUGACCAGUUCUCGUCUGUGUGAACCUUGUCAAGAGGCAAUUUCUUUUCUUCGAGGACUUCUCGGAUCCAAUGAUACCUUGUAUCAAUGUGCUUCGUGCGGGAAUGAAAUGUUGAGUUCUUCGCCAAGUAAAUUGCACUUUGAUUGUCACACUUCAACACGUACCUUUCUUGAUCUAUUCCCAGCUCGAGCAACACAUUCUUCAUCCACAUCAUCUCCUUGCAAGCUUCAGUAGCUGCGAUGUACUCUGCCUCUGUGGUGGAUAAUGCAACACACUUUUACAGCUUUGAUUGCCAGGAAACAGCCCCCCUGCAAAAGUAGUUAGGUAUCCCGAUGUUGAUUUCCUUGAAUCAAUAUCACCGGCCAAGUCUGCAUCUGUGUAUCCUUCUAACACAGGUUUUCCUUUUCCAAACCAUAAACAUCUUUUGGAAGUUCCACAUAAAUACCGGAGGAUCCAUUUGACCGCUACCCAAUGUUCACUCCCAGGGUUGGCCAAGAAACGACUAACGACUCCAACUGCAUAGGCGAUAUCUGGUCUUGUGCAUAUCAUUGCAUACAUGAGUCUGCCUACUACAGAUGAGUAUGGAAUCUUCUUCAUUUCCUCCUUUUCUUUCUCACUUGUGGGACUUUGCUUCGAACUCAACCUGAAGUGUCCAGCAAGUGCCUACUACAGACGAGUUAUUCUCAUCCGAAGGAUUUGUUUAGCCGGUCCCAAAUCUUUCAUGGCGAAGCUCUUGCUUAGAUCUUUCUUCAAAGCAUCUAUCUUUACGUGAUCUUGUCCAACAAUCAACAUAUCAUCAACAUAGAGUAGAAGUAUGAGAAAGUCGCCACUUGCAUACCUCUUUAUGAAGACACAAUGAUCGCUCUUUGUCUUUGUAAAAUCAUGCUCUGCCAUGAAGGACUCAAACUUGUUGUACCACUGUCUCGGUGCUUGUUUGAGGCCAUAUAGACUCUUCAUGAGGCGACAUACUAGGUUUUCCUUGCCCGGAACUUUGAACCCUUCGGGCUGCUCCAUGUAGAUCUCUUCCUCUAGGUCGCCGUGAAGGAACGCUGUCUUGACAUCGAGUUGUUCAAUCUCCAAAUCUUGCGCCGCUGCUAGGCCAAGAACAACUCGGAUGGAUGACAUCUUUACCACAGGAGAGAAUAUUUCCUCAAAGUCGAUACCUUUUUCUUGAUUGAAUCCUUUGACAACCAAUCGAGCUUUGUAACGAGGCUUUGAGCUAUUGUCUUCGGUCUUGAUUCGAUACACCCAUUUAUUCUUUAAGGCUCUUCUCCCUUUUGGCAGCUCCACAAGUUCAUAAGUGUGAUUCUCAUGCAAGGAUUACAUCUCUUCUUGCAUGGCUCUUCUCCACUCUUCCUUAUGAACAUCACAGAUUGCUUCUUUAUAACUUUGUGGCUCCCCCUCAUCCGUGAGCAUCACGUACUCCUCGGUGUUGUACCGAGUGGAUGGUCUUCUCUCCCUUGAGGAUCGCCUCGGCUCUGGUGCUGGCAGAGAACUAGAUUGAGGAUCUUCCUGAGUUGGUUCAUCAUGAGUCUCCUGGUUUCUUUGCUCUAACAGGCUUAUGGUCCGGUGCUCCUGCUGCUUCUCAAUCUUGGCUUCUCCGAGUUUUUAAUGUCUUCAAUUGUUUGGUCUUCGAAGAACACCACAUCUCUGCUACGAACAACCUUCUUGUUGAUUGGAUCCCAUAACGGAUAACCGAAUUCAUCCUUGGGUGAGCGAAGGUAUAUGCACUCCUUCGUCUUUGCGUCGAGCUUAGCUCGCUCAUCUUUGGGGAUGUGAACAAAUGCUCUGCACCCGAACACCUUAAGAUGAUUGUAUGAAGCCUUUUUGCCCGUCCAUACUUCCUCUGGGAUGGCGCCGUUCAAAGGAACCGAUGGUGUGAGGUUGACGAUGUCAACUACGGCCAUUAUAGCUUCUCCCCAAAAGAAUUUGGGUAACUUAGCCUGAGAGAGCACACAACGGACUCUUUCUUCAAUAGUUCUAUUCAUUCUCUCAGCUAGCCCAUUCAAUUGUGGUGUCUUGGGUGGAGUCUUCUCUAGCCCAAUGCCAUAUUUCUUGCAAUAGGCUUCAAAGGGACCUCUAUACUCACCUCCAUUGUCAGAUCGUACACACUUGAUCUUCCUUCCUGUCUCACGUUCUACAAGAGCGUGGAAUUCCUUGAAAGCGUCAAGUACUUGAUCCUUUGAUUGUAACAGGUGCAACCAUACCUUCCUUGAAUGAUCAUCAAUGAAGGUCACAAAGUACAACGCACCACCAAUAGAUCUCUCGGACAUUGAGCACACAUCGGUGUGUACAAGGCCGAGGAUGUUCUUUCUCCUUGUGGGCAGAGAAGAUCUUUGGAAAGAAACCCUUUGUUGUUUUCCAGCUAAACAGUGUGCACAAGGAUCAAGUGAAUUACCUUUCACGUCCGGGAGGAGUUGUUUUCGAGCAAGUAUGUGAAGGCCCUUCUCACUGAUGUGACCAAGUCGUUUAUGCCAUACUUCCAUGUCAUCAGUGGUUAUAUUUACCUCUCCUUUGCAGAGCUUAGCUUGCAUCACAUACAACGAUCCUUCCUUCUUUCCUCUAGCCAUGACUAGACUUCCUUUGGUGAGCUUCCAUUUUCCUUCACCAAAAUAAUUCAUCAGACCAGCAUCAUCUAACUUUCCAGCGGAGAUAAGAUUGAGGCGCAUGGCCGGGACAUGCCUCACAUCUUUGAGAACAAGCUUGCAUCCGGUGCUAGUUGUCAGGACGAUGUCUCCUAUCCCAACGAUCUUGCUCCUAUCUUGGUUUCCCAUUUGAACCGUAUCGAAGUCACCACUUUGGUAGGAUGAGAAGAAACUUCCAUGGGGAGUGACAUGGAACGAAGCACCAGAAUCGAUAAUUCAGGAGCUAUCAUCACAAGCAAUGUUUAGGAUAUUACCUUCUCCAACGAGAUAUAGCAGAUCUUCUUUUGCGACUACGGCAGUGGUACUCUUCUCUUCUUACUUCUUCGUUGGGGUGACUUGGUCUGGUUUGACGUUACCGGCCUUCUGGUCUCUCUUGAAGGAUCGACACUCCAUUUUCCUGUGGCCUAUUCUUCCACAGUAGUAGCAUGUGAUCUUCGAGCGUGACUUGGACCUACCUCGAGAUUAUUGCGGAUCUCGGCUUUUACUGCGUCCACGAGUCUCAUUUCUACCCCGGUUCUCGAUAACAUUAGCCUCGGGAUGCAUAGACUCACCUCGUUCCAUUCUCCUUGAUUCUUCGCCAAGAAGACUAUCACUGACGGUGUCCAUGGUUAGCCUUCCUUCCGGAGCUGAGUUACUAAGUGUAACCACGAGUGUGUCCCAACUUUCUGGCAAGGAACUAAGGAGUAGAAGGGCUUGCAACUCGUCAUCAAUCUUCAUCUCGGUUUUUGUUAGUUGAUUUAUGAGCCCCUUGAUGUUAUUCAAGUGUUCAAUCAUACUUUGGCCAUCCUUAUACUCCAAUUUCACCAACCGUCGAAAUUAAUUGGCUUUAUUACGAGGUGUCUUCUUUUGAAUCAUGGACUCAAGUUUUGUCCAUAAUUCAUAAGCAUUCGUGUAAGUGGACACAUGCUCGAAGAGGGAUUUGUCGAUGUACUUACGGAUCAUAGCAACGGCUUUCCGAUUCAGUAGCUCCCAUUGAGCGUCACUCCUGCCUUCCACCUUCUCUUUGUAGAUGAUGGGCUCAUGCAAAUCCUUGCAGUAUAAAUGGUCUUCCAUCAUUGGCUUCCAAUAUGAGUAGUUGUUGGCAGUUAGCUUGAACAUGUCUCCAUCAUGGGCGACGUUAUCCUCCAUCUUGAACUAUACGAGCUGAUGACAACCUCAAAUGAACCUGGCUCUGAUACCACUGUUGGGAAAAAACUCCGGAAUUUCCCGCUUCGUGAAAUUAAGAUAGGCACUUAGGAAUUAAGGUAGUAAUGUCUCACUCAAUGGUGGCUCACUCAAGCUUGAGGAUAUGACCUUCCCAAGCUAACUCUCUUCUCUCUCAAAGAGGCUCUCUAACUCUCUAGCUUUCUCACUCUAGGAAGUGGAUUCUCUCUUGCUAGGAUUGCUAGGAUUAGGAUUGAGAUGGAUAGGAAUGAAGGCUCCUACUCCUAUUUAUACUACUCCACCUCCAUAAUGAGUGGUGGAGAAUAUUUCUCUAGAAUGAUCUACGUGACUACCUAUUCUAAAGAAUUCCAAGAAAUCUCUACACCUCUCCAUUCUCUUCCAUAUGCUUCCAUACUCUUCCAUAAGCUUCCGGAAGGUUCCACACAUCUCUAGAAUAUUCCAGAGGAUUCCACAUUAUUCCGCAAGCUUCUAGAGAGUUCUAGACUUCUCUAGGAUUCUCCGCAACGUUCUAGAAAAUUCUAUACUUCUCUAGAAAGCUCUAGAAUUUUCUAGAACCUCUCCAAUUAAGUAGGGAUUCCAACACUCUGUAAGCUCAGAGCUUCAACUGGCUGACUUGUUUACUAAUGCAUUGGAUGAAAAAGUUCUUGAUCUCGAGAUUUGGAUCUCGAAAUCUUGAUCUCGAGAUUUGGAUCUCGAAAUACUGAUCUCGAGAUUUGGAUCUCGAAAUCUUGAUCUCGAGAUUUGGAUAUCGAGAUUUGGACUUGAAAUGUUUUUUCAAAAAUUCCACCCGCAUAAAUUGUCUGAAACCUGCAAACCAAAACUCUUUCAAUCUAAUCUCAGAGAAAUCAAACCGAUGAAUUUCAUAUGCUGACCCCCUGCUUUUACAGUUCAUAAUGGCAGGAACACGUCAACCACAGAUUGACGAUGCCAUCUACCCUAAGGGCAAGUGGAUCAAGGUGCUGGACAAUAACUUCGAGCUAGACAUCACCGUCUUCAAGUGCCAGAACCCGAUCAUUCCGGCCAUAAUGAAUGGUCACUAUCUCUGGCUUGCACUUCACAACGCUAAACCAGUGCCAGAGAUAUACCUACAACAACUUUGGGGCCACAUGCAUACUGAAUCAACGAAGGACCGCUCCAGAAUCAAGUCCAAACUGAAUGGCAUGCGCGUAAUUCUGACAACGUCUACAUUGCGAUCUACACUAGCGCUGCCAGUUCAUGACUCGUAUGAUGCGCUGUCAUCCAUCCCUGAUCUGCUCAAAGACGUGGCAUCUCUCGGAUACACCUCACUACUGCCACAACUGUCAAACUUCAACGGAGCCUAUCUCCAUCACCCGUGGAAGAGUCUAUUCGGACUGAUGAAUAAGUGCCUGUCGCCAAAGCAUGCCGGGUUUGACAAGUGCAACAAGCAGAUCCUGCUAAUCUUUCACGGCAUUGCAUUCAACAAAAACUACGACAUGACACCACUCUUUUUCUCAGAGCUCAUGGACCUGGUCAAAGCGAAAGAGAAAAACAGGCUAGGUACCAUCCCAUACGCAAGGUGGCUAGGGCUGAUCAUUCAUGAUUGCAUGGCAGAGCACACCAACAUCCCGAGACGCAGUGCUGAUCCACACUACACCGCCCCGAAGCUGCAGUACUUCAAAGCAGACAAAAACCCUGUCUUCGGUCUACGGAUUCCUGGGAUUCUGCUCCAACUCGUCAAAUCAUCAAAUCCGGCAGUCAAACAGUACCAAGAGAAUAUUGAGAGAACUGUCCCUAUGGUUCAGCAAAACCCAGCUGGACCUACCCAGGGGACAAAGCGGAAUGUAAGAAAGUCCAGAAGCCACAGAAACCAGUGCCGGUUUGCCCCAUGAAGGAAAGUCUGACGACUCUCUCGAGACGAGUCAGACGGCUGAGGGCACCGAAACAGACGUUGAGGAAUCUGCCGAUGAGUCAUCAAGUGAUGCCCAAACAAACACUGACGAUGAGGCAUCCGAGAGCGUGGGUACGGAUAGCGAGGAUUCUGGCUCUGAUGAUGAUGAUGAUGAUGACAGUGAAGACGUUGAGCACACCUAUGCUCUAAUCCGAAAAGGAAAGCUGCAUGUCGAAUCUCCAAAGAAGAUCACUGCUGAAGACGCAACACCAAUAAUCGCAGGCAGACCCAAAGUCUUCACUAUCAAAGAGCUGACUAAACCAAAAAGCGAUCCCAGAGAAACAAACUGCUCCAAGGAUGACUAUGAUGAAGCAGCCCAUACUAUCAAGAAUUCCAAAGAUGUAGUUAUCCGGGAGAAAAGGGCUAAGAUUAAAAAUGACAAAGCUGCUAAGUCAAAGCCUCAGCCUAGCGUCAGAACACAACCAGUAUCCUCCACCCCUCUAUCUCACCAAUCCAUCAAUCAAAUACCCAUUCCUUCACAUUCUCGGGGAACCCAGGAUACAGAACUAGUAUUCUCCCCACGCCCGACCACACCCUUCAUCGAUCUCUCUUCACUACCUUUCGAAACCCUGGCAUCGGCUUUGCUGGACCAUCUUCUAAACAUCCCUGAAGCCAAACUUACCCUCCACCAGCAAGCCAUUCUCGAAGCCCUCCUUUCUUCUCCUGAAACCAAAAGCAAAUGCAAGGACAAUCCUCGUGGUCGCAAACGUUCCCAUGAGGACCCCGAUGAUUCGGAUCCUCAUGAGGGGGAGAACAAGCGGCCACGACCACUUGAGAAAACUGCUUUACCUAGCCAAACUCCACAGCCCAUUCAACCAGAAACCUCUACCAACCAACAGCCACCACCCGCAACCAAACUCUCUAGCCUGGUCGAGUUAGACGCAACAUCCCGAGGCGUAUCUCCUAGAGAUACCAACCGAGGAGGGGAUGGAAGUCCUGAUGAUGCUACCACUGGUACAUCUUUUACAUCAGGCCAUCAGUUAGAACCCCGUUCAAAGCUGAUGACAACAGGAAAUCCUAGUGAACCCGGUGUUUCGAUUAACAGGCCCCCGUCUCCAAAAGGUCAACCUGCCACUACCAUUCUGUCGUCAGAUUAAAUGCAUGAUCAGCUAGAAGAUAUCAUUAUUCACAACAAAUGGCCCAGACAGUGGACAGAGAUGGAUCAAAUCAUGCAGGAUGAAGAGUGUGAAGAUAUGCAAAGGAACUGGUUCCUACGAGAACUCAUCAACAAAUGUGCUGAAGAUAUAAUCAGGCUCGAGGACGAUGAACGAAAGGAAUGGGAGAACUACAAGGAAUCUCAGAAAACACUGGAAUCUUUCGUCAGACAAUCAACGGGAAGACUUCCCAAGACUGAGAAACCUUGGGACAAUGUUCGAAUCAAAGCCCCCUUCCAAGAGGAAAUCAGAGAGCGUAUUUGGCGUAGACCAGACAAAGUCAACCCGUUGAAUGAACUGAAGCUACGAGGCCUUACCCAUCUCAAAGGAAAGCAGGCUGGAGGUCAUCUACAUAUGCUGUUGCAAAGGUCAACCGGUACUCAAAGAGAGCUGAUGGAACAAGACUUGAAAUCCAAUAUUCUCCCUAUUCAUCAAAUCCUGCAGGUUAAGGCUGAGGAUUAUCACGGAGUGAGAUUCUAUUCUUACAAGCUUCAACGCACUGAUGGGAGUGAAUUUACUUGCCAAGAAAAUGAUUUCAUCAUGUUUAAACCAGACGACAUCUAUCAAAUGUUUAUGGCUUAUCGAUACCUUCCAGUCAGACAAAGCAAAACAUACAGCGAAGGCCUUGCAGCAAUCAAAAGCUUCAUGCUCAGACAAAUCAGAGUGCACUCAUCUCACGACCUACAGAUGGCUAUUGAGUGCAACUUGACAAAAACAAAUCUUACAAAGCCAAGACUGUAUGGUCCAGACCUCAAAGACUUCCCAGCUUACCACAUCUUCUUCACACCGCCAGCAGUCACAUAUCUCAACCACAAGAACGAAAAAUGCCUGAUGGUGGUUAAUGAAAUUGAGAAAUAUUGUGAUGGAACGCUGAAGAUAAUCAAAGAAAAGCUGCUAAAGAUGAAGGAACAGCUAGAGCAAAAUCUUCAGGAGGCAUCGUCAUACGUUCAAAAGGAACACUCUACAGUGGAGACCAUUUUAAAAGCCAUCGACGAUCGCCUAGAAAAGAGAAACAUGCUAAGGCAAUACGAGCAUGCACUGAAUAUGAGGAAGCACUAUUUUAAAUCACAGAAGCAAUAACUCAGUGGCACUUGAUCACAAAGGGAGAGAUUGUUGAAGAUCAUUUAAUUGUGAAUCAAGUUUGUCAUCUAUCUUGUAAUAGAUUAGUUUUAUUAUUAUUCCUUGUAUUAAAUAAGUGCAUUUAUUAGAUAGAAUAUGGGCCAAGUGUUAGGCCCAUACAAACAGGCUAAAAGCCUUUCACGCCUACCUGAACCUCGCCUAUAAAAAGGGAGCCGAAGGUUCAGGAUUAGGUUAACUUUCGUACUUGUUCAUUAUAGCCUUACGCAAAUCUUUCUGUGUACGAGUUCACGGUAUAUCAAAGAGGGUUUUACAUCGAUUCA